ACAUAUCGACGGAAGAAGAGAAGCCGCAUCCCCCAUUCGGCAUUCGAGCUCUCCCUCCUCCUCGAUCUGCCUCUGAUCCGAUCCCUUUUGCACUGCCCAAAUCCUAGACAUCUCACCGAUCGACCCCUGGUGGUGCCAUUCGCCGGGAACUACGCCGGAAUCUGCUCCCAUUUGUCCGAGGCGGCAGAGAUGAGCACCAAGGGCAACUGGUCGCCACCGGCGGUGAGCGGGAGGCUGUUCACGCUGGGGCUGGUGGCGUCGUGGUACUCGUCCAACAUCGGGGUGCUCCUGCUCAACAAGUACCUCCUCAGCAACUACGGGUUCAAGUACCCGAUCUUCCUCACCAUGUGCCACAUGACGGCCUGCUCGCUGCUCAGCUACGUGGCAAUCGCCUGGAUGAGGGUGGUGCCGAUGCAGGCCGUGCGCUCCCGGCUGCAGUUCGCCAAGAUCGUCGCGCUCAGCCUCGUCUUCUGUGGCUCCGUCGUCAGCGGCAACGUCUCGCUCAAGUACCUGCCCGUCUCGUUCAACCAGGCGGUGGGGGCGACCACCCCCUUCUUCACCGCCGUAUUCGCCUACAUCAUGACCGUCAAGCGGGAGGCCUGGAUCACCUACGUCACCCUCAUCCCGGUCGUCGCCGGAGUCAUAAUCGCCAGCGGGGGGGAGCCAAGUUUCCAUUUGUUUGGUUUCAUCAUGUGUAUAGGUGCAACUGCUGCAAGGGCACUUAAGUCGGUAUUGCAAGGGAUACUGUUGUCUUCUGAGGGGGAAAAGUUGAAUUCAAUGAAUCUUCUACUAUACAUGGCUCCAAUAGCAGUUGUUUUAUUGCUUCCUGCUACAUUAGUUAUGGAGCAAAAUGUGGUCGGCAUCACAUUGGCACUUGCGAGAGAAGAUAUUAAGAUUAUAUGGUACCUAUUGUUCAAUUCCGCUCUUGCCUAUUUUGUGAAUUUGACGAACUUUUUGGUAACCAAGCACACCAGCGCUUUGACACUCCAGGUUCUUGGAAAUGCCAAAGGUGCUGUUGCGGUGGUUGUCUCAAUCUUAAUAUUCAAGAAUCCUGUGACGGUGACUGGGAUGUUUGGUUACACUAUUACGGUAAUUGGAGUUAUUCUUUACAGCGAAGCAAAGAAACGCAACAAGUGAGCUUCUUCAGAAACAACGGUCAGGUGUGUGUGCGUUCCUCGUGCAAUGGUGACGGCGGCAUUGGGUUAACUGAAGCUCUGGAGGUUGGUUUAGUUCGUAUGUGCAACUCAUGUCGGCAUCUGAUUCUUUUGCCUGAAACCUUAAGACCAGUUAGCGAGUAGGGUUAGGAAGCGCCAAUAACUAAUUGGCCUCAUUCAUUUUUUGGAGCUGCAUUCUUUUCUAUAUCAUUUUGAUGGAGGUUCAGAAGAAUGGAACUCUUUUGCAAGGAGAUUAUGCUCCAUCUUACUCAAGUUUUACUCUGAUUAAUGGAUUGUGUUCUUUAUGAAUUCUGAUCGACA